GUAUUUUAAACUAGAUCCAAACGGACUGGACUGAGAUCUGGCAGAGAGGCGACGCUCCGCUGGUCUCGGUUAACAAGAGUUGGCUAUUUUAACCUGUUCACCGAAAAACACAACAUAUUGGAAUUUAACAAUGAGAAGGAGCGAGGUGCUCGCAGCUGAGGCUGUGUCCUGCCUGAAUAAAGCGCUCUGCCACCUGAAGGACAUCUGGGAGGAGAUCGGGAUCCCCGAGGACCAGAGACUGCAGAGAACCAAUGUUGUCAAGAACCACAUUAAGAGCUUACUAGAUAUGAUGAUCAAAGAAGAGGAGUCUCUGAAAAAGAGGCUGAUAAGCAGCAUUCAAACCUGCAAGGCGGAAAUGGAUGCCCUCUACCUGGAACUCCAGCUGACCGCCUUCGAGGAGGAGAAUGGCAUCACCAUGCUCCAGCAAGAGAAGAACAUCCGCACGCAGGUGGAGGCUCUGAUGAAGGAGAAGACUCGGCGGGUGCAGCAGCUGAAGUCUCUGCUGGAGCAGGACCAGGACCUGUGCGACAUCCUGUGCUCCAUGCCGUACGGCAUCGCUCCAGACUCUGUUCCCACACCGGAACAGCUGGAGAGCUUCAGCCAGCACAUCGCGACCCAGAACGCAGAGAAGGCCCGGCGACAUGCUGAGUUCAUGGACCUCAAAAAGCAGAUCACCGUGUACAUGGAGGAGCUGGAGCACAUCCCCGAGACCAGCUUCGAGAAGGACGUCGUCUGCGAGGACGAGGAUCAUUUCUGCCUUUCAAGAGACAACAUCACGUCCCUCAAACUGCUGGUUUGUCAGGAUUUCACUGAAGAGCUGCUGAGUGUGCACGAUGCUGAGAUCCAGCGCCUGAAGCAGCACCAUGAGGAGCACAAAGAGCUGUUUGACGGCGUCCAGCAGUGGGAGGAGAGCUGGAGACUCUUCCUCGAGCUAGAGAAAAAAGCCACAGAUCCGACACGAUUCACCAACAGAGGAGGGAAUCUUCUGAAAGAGGAGAAACAGAGGUCUGAGCUGCAUAAAAGCCUGCCUAAGCUUGAAAAGAAACUGAAAGCCCAGAUUGACGCAUGGGAGAGUGAGCAGGGCCGAGAGUUUCUAGUGAACGGCCAGAAGUUCCUGCACUACGUGGAGGAGCAGUGGGAGCUGCACCGCAUAGAGAAGGAGAAGGAGAAACAAGAGAGGCUUCUGAAGAAGAACAAACAGACGGAGGAGGAUAUGCUGUACGGGACCGCAGUCCGGACCCCCACCAAACGGAGACUCCUCACCACGACGACCCCCAAUAAAUCACGCAAGUUCAACGCGACUUCCAGCAUGUCCAGCGCCACGCCCAACAGCACCAGUCGCUCCGUCUUUGGUGGAACGGUCUGUCGCUCCCCGGUGCCCCGCCCGCCUCUCUCAGCAAACAAGGGUCCAGCAGCACGGAUGCCAGCCUGCGGCGGGAAACCCCCCAACCCACGCCUGCAAGGCUGUAACAAGGAGAACGAGGCCCAGCUGAAGGGGAGCCCUCUGAGUGGUGCGUUGCUGACCCCCGCUAGUCCACAGCGUAACUUCAGCAUAGCCUCUGUUGCCAGCACAUAUUCCGAGUUUGUGCGAGACCUGUCCAAGGCCUCUGACACCAAGAUCCAGCACAACAUCCUGAACUCCACCACCACCAACCUCUGACCUCUCCACUCUGACUGCCUCAGCUAGCUUACUCCUUUUAAAUGAAGUUAUGAUUUCCUCUGAAAAAAAGGGUCACUGCCUUUCCCUGCCAUCAGCUUUUUAUAUGUAAAUGAAUGUAAUAUAUUGUUUUAAGUCGGUGAUAAACGAGGACUGUGUUGUCAGUUGCUGAGAGUGUUGUUGUCAGCGGCCUGUCACUGUCUGCAGAGGAAAUAAAAUUUUGUAUCAGUUAAAAGUAACACUACUUUGGCUCCCUAAAUUUUGGUGAUUAUUAAUAUGUUAAAAGGUAACUACAGUGCUUUUGUUUUUUGUUGUUUUUAUUUCAACCUGGACACUAAAUUGCUCAUUUUUCCACUGACAGACUCACAAUAUUCUUAUUAUUCUAGGUGGCUGACAAGAUUUUGGAAAGGAUCCCUCCAGAGAGGCCUUUAAAACCUCUUUGAGACCUUUGUGUUUAACCAAAAACUGCUCUGAAGUCGCCAGCACUAAACCCACCAGACUCCAUUUAAAAAAGCAAUAAUUUUAGCGCAUAGAUCCAACAUAUUUUCACAUGUAUAUCUGUAAACCAUGUGUUCAUUUCAACCAGAACUACAGAUUUGAUGGCCGGGGAAAGUGGAAAGACGACCCAAAACAUAGUUUCUUUUGGUUUGUCGACUUUGAAGAAAGUGUAUUUUACGAUGCUAAAAUUACGGUUUAUUUACAUCAAGUCUGGUGGGUUUAGAGAACUCCUUUCCAUAAUGUACAGACAGAAUAAUAAUCUGGAAAAAAGGAGGAAAUGGGGCCCAUGUUGAAAAUAAAAUGGUUGUUACCUUUUAAUAUGUCUGCAUAUCGUACUGCACAUUCUUU